AUGAAGCGAGUGGGAGCAUGGCUGCACCCCUCCAAAGCCAGCAUACACCAGAGCAGGAGUCUGACGGCUCUCGAUGAAUCUGCUGCGUUGCAAGAGGCCAUGCGGCAGGCUGCCUAUAUCGUAAAUGAUGAAGUAGAUAAGGCAGAAGCAGAGCUGGCCAAAGGGAACUCGCCUUUUCAUAAGCUGGGAAGUGCGACAACAUUAUUCUUGCGAGCCACUCUUGGCUUUGAGAAGGAGAUGAUGGAACAAGCAGGCGUACGUCUCGCGGAUGCUCAAGAUUCAGCAAGCGAGUAUCACAGAAGAGCCCUGCGAGAUGCAUCGACAGCACAUCAAAGCGCCAUCUAUCCCAGAGGCUCCGAAUAUGCCUUGUGCCAUGCUGAGUCGCAGCUCAUGUCGGCCGUCGUUGGCGUACUCAAUGAAAGCUUGUCCGAAAGUCUCAGAGGGUUCUACAACCUUCGCAAAGCGUUUACAACGCUGCAAGAGAUUGUGGAUGCCGAGAACAAGUACCUCGAGAAGCAUUUCUCCAGCUCUACUACCUCUUUGACCAGUGGGACACGAUCUGACACUUCAACGGCCCCUGGGAAGAACGCAUCAGAAACCAAUUCUGGCGUCUUGACUCCUGUCGAUGCAAAGGACGCCGAUGACGAUGAGCUUGAGUUCGUUGAUGCUGAGGAAAGUGUCUCCGACCAGGUGACUCCGCGUGUUUACAAAGGCAACUUGGACGGAAAGCCUGAGCAAAUUGCAACAGAUGCACCAAGUGCGGCCGAGAAGGCUGAAGAUCAGCUGGACUUCGCGUCUGUGUCCUCCGACCCAAUUGACAUCUUCAUCCACUCAGGUGCCGCAAUGUGCUUCGGCUUGUUACAGCUAUUGCUUUCUAUGGUCCCGCCUGCGUUUGGCAAGAUCUUGAGCAUAUUCUCGUUUCGUGGCGACCGCGAAAAUGGUCUGCGACUGCUUUGGAGAGCCACGGCGUUCAAGCAUAACAUAAACGGUGCUAUGGCGGGACUAGUCCUCCUGCCUUUCCACAAUGCUGCAAUUGCACUAUGCGACAUUCAUCGUCGAGAAGCCUACCCGACAGAGCGGCUGCGGCAGCUACUCCAUGAGAUGCGGUCGAUAUAUCCCAACUCAUUGCUAUGGCUGCUCGAAGAAGCACGGAUGCAUGGUGCUGAAAGGGAUCUGGAAACGGCGAUUGAAGUGCUAAAGGGAGACUCCAAGCCUACCACUUUGAAACAAGUCGAAGCUCUGCGUGUGUUUGAGACAUCCAUGGCCUGCAUGUUCCUCCAUCGCUACGAAGAAUGUGCGCAGUCCUUCAUUCGAUGCAUCGACCUAAACAAUUGGUCCCAUGGUCUGUACUAUUAUAUCUCGGGCGCUUGCUACGUAGAGCUCUAUCGGCAGUAUCAGCACACCGAUCCAACGGUUGCUGAGCAGCACAAAAAGAAAGCGACAGAGCUGCUGCAUCACGUGUCCGCCAACGUCGGCAAGAAGCGCUUCAUGGCUCGUCAGUUACCGCUCGAUGUCUUCAUCAUGCGGAAGAUUGCCAAAUGGGAACAUCGAGCCCAAUCGCGACACUGCGACUUCAUCGAUGCUAUUGGUGUAUCGCCGCACGAAGAGAUGAUCUACUUCUGGUCUGGUUUGAAGCGAAUGAGGCCCGAGCACAUUGCCGUGUCUCUGGCAUCGUUGGAGUGGUCCGAGAGCCAGCCGACGUGGAAGGACGAAGCGGCCGACGAGAAAGCAAUCCUAUCACUGCUGAAGGCAACAUGUCUCCGCAAUCUGGGCAAGGUCGCGGAAGCCCAGACCGAGUUGAAAGAGCACGUUUUGUGUCACCCUGUGUCUGCCAUUACCGCAUGCGAUCACGCAGACAAUUGGCCGUUGCCCGUUGCGCACUAUGAAAAGGCGAUUUGUCUGUGGGAUCAGGCAGGGGGACAAGAUGGUGACCGAACAUCUUUGAAGCAAUGCAGCGAUGAGCUCGCGGUGGUGGAGAGAUGGGGAAGCUUCGACUUGGAUGCUAGAAUCGGGCUCAAAUUGACGACAGCAAGAGAGACUCUGAGGAGAAUUGGCAUCAGUCAAUGA